UGUAGUUACUCCCAUCAACAGCCCCACACAACAGCUUUUGCCUUCAGGUGAGCUGCAUCUGUGCUUGCUGCUUCUCCCAGCUCUCAGGAGACUACUUCCCUGCUCCUUAUUGCUUUCUUGUUUGUGCUUUUUCCCUGCCCAUCCCUUGCAGGCCCCAAGACCAGAGCUUCUUGCCAGUCAGGGCUCCUCGGCCCUGGCAGGAAAGGCAGAGCGGCAGAAGAGGAUGGAGAGAGCACCAAGAGCCCUGGAGUUCAGAUGGAAGGAGUUGGCUGCAUUUGAGGGAAAGCGCCACUCCUCACCAGACAGGGCGUUUGAAGCGGCACCUGAGACAGCAGAGGAAUCACAGCCGCAGAGAGAGCUGCGGAAGGAGGAAGUUCCUCUGGCAGUGACAAAGGUUUGCCGCUUGCAGCGGCCAGCACACAGGACUCUGGAGAAGCUGCUCCAGGAGUUCUCUCGCCAAGGGCACACACUGUCCCAGGUGUGCAAAGAGAAGGCAGUGCUGGCACAAGAGAACGCUGCCCUACAAGCCCGACUGGCAGCCACCGAGCGGGACCUACGAGGCCUUUUGGAGCAGCUGGCAGAGGCCAGGACAGAGAAGGAGAGCUUGCAGUGCAGCCUGUUGGCAGCUCAGCAGCAGGUGUCAGAGCUGGAGAUCACCAGGAGCCGUCUGGAAGGCCAAGUACGCACAGCCAUGCAGGCCAAGGAGCUGAUACUUGAGGAUGUCAGGGGCCUUCGUUGUGAGCUGCAAGCUGUAAGAUCUUUCAGUAAGCAGCAAUGUGACGAAAUGGCUCAACAGCUCCGCUUGGCAGAAGAGCAGUUCAGCAAGGCUCUGAGAGUCUGGCAAUCUGCUCAGGAGGAGGAGAAAAGGAAGCUCCUACAAAAACAGGAAAGACGGCUGAAACAACAGCGUUUGGAGGCGCUGGAGCAACGGGAACACUUCCUGGCAGAGAACAAGCUGCAGGCAGAGCUGCAGGAAGCUCAGAGGAAGAUGAAGGCAGUGGAAGAGAGGCACAAAGAAGAAAUGGAAAGGAUGCAGAAGAUGCUGCAGUACAGGCUAGCAGAAGAAAAGCUGAUGGACGUGGGCUCUGCCAUUGAAGAUGCAUCUGCGGCAGCAUCCUCCGAAGAAGCCUCCUCUCCACAGCCUGAAGAGCUGAGCGUGAGCAGUUCCCCCUGUUCAGGCCAGGAGGCAGAGCAGCUGUGCCAGGAUGGAGAGAAACAGGGCUUGGAGCAGCUGAGAGACAUGGUUUUGUAUGAUUCCAAGGAAUACGGCCACACUGAUGAAAGAAGAAGAACCUGA